AUGACUACAAUAAACACUCGAGCUAAAUCUCCAACCAGAGCAGAGGCUAUAGCCAAAGCUUUGAAACCUGGUCCGGUUUUUUGUACUGGGGUACUCCUAGGUAACUGGGUUGAAGAUAGAAUUGAAUGUCCGAAAGGCGGUACGUUUUAUUUUCCACCCAAGGAACACAUAGACUAUGAAAAAUUAAAACCUGAAUCAAGGCAGCCUGAUUUUCGAUUAAAUAAAUUAAACAGUCUACAGGGUUAUGUACAAUCAGUUAUUAGACACGACAGUCAUGAUUCGUGUGGUAACUUCGCAACUACAACCGACGUGGUGUACAACCAUCUGCCAAAGCCACUCUGUGGACCCGACAUGCGUUAUUACAAACGAAGCGCCCAUCAGUUUUACCCUCAACCGGAUCUUAUGAGAUGUUUCGGUAACGUAACCGAAUGGGGAUUGAAAGAGUAUCUAGAACACGAGUGGGCUUGUACAGACGUGUCGGACUAUAUCUCCACUCUAUACGAGGACACGUAUGUUCCGCCAAAACCACACCAAUAUUUACAGAGAUGUGAAAGGAAAGCGAGGAAUUCGUAA